GCUUUGAGGAGCGGACAGGCGGAAGUGGUUGGAUAGGAGACUUCCGGUUGUCACUUUGCUGUGUCGGUGAAUCAUGUCUUCCGAGUUCGAGGGUUACGAGCAGGAUUUCGGGGUGAUCACGGCGGAGAUCACUGGCAGGAUCGGCAAGAUCCCGAAACUAGUUGGAGAUGAAAAGAAACAGAUGAUUGUGAAUGUGGAGAAGCAGCUGGAUGAAGCCAAGGAGCUCCUGGAGCAGAUGGAUCUAGAGAUCCGGGAGAUCCCAGCCCAGAGCCGGGGAAUGUACAGCAGCCGCAUGCGGAGCUACAAGCAGGAGAUGGGCAAACUGGAAGCUGACUUUAAAAGGUCACGGAUCGCCUACAGUGACGAAGUGCGGAAUGAGCUCCUGGGGGACGAUGGGAAUUCCUCCGAGACGCAGUUGAUAAAAUUACGUGAAGAGAGGGCACAUCUGCUGGAUAACACCGAGCGGCUGGAAAGGUCAUCGCGCAGGCUCGAGGCCGGCUACCAAGUAGCAAUAGAAACCGAGCAAGUCGGACAGUCGAUCUUGGAGAAUUUAAGCCAGGACCGCGAGAAGAUCCAGAGGGCCAGAGAAAGGCUCAGGGAGACGGACACGAAUCUGGGUAAAAGCUCCAGGAUCCUGACGGGAAUGUUGCGAAGGAUUAUCCAGAACCGCGUUUUAUUUGUCAUCCUGGGAAUCAUCAUCGUCUUCGCUAUCAUCCUGGCAGUUUAUUUUUCAUUUCGGGGACACUGAUGCCGUGUCCCGUGGGGAGGAAAAAGGGGGUUCAAACCAUCCUGAGCAUCCGCAGAACGGCUACAUAGAGAUUUGAUGUGAAUAGCGCGCCUGCGCAGACACCUGGGAGCCGCUCUCCUGCUGCGUCUCUUCUGUCUCUUUCCUAACAAAUCCGGUCAAACCAAUCGGUUUGGAGAAAUAUUCUGUUUAACGAAGUAAUUAAUAAUUCUACGUCCCGGACCCCGAGCCAUUCCACGUGUAUAAAUAAUAUCUACUGUCAGACAUUAUUAUGAGUUGUUUUGUGUUAUAUAUUAAAAAACAAGCUUUACAGAAAACCGUUAUUUAUAUAAAAAUUAAAUAUGUAACUUUAUGGAGUGA